CUUCCCCAUGGGGUUCCACUGCCCUUCCCGCAACUCGCAACUGCAGCGAUUAGCAAUGGCCUGCUCUCUUCCCGUUUCCUCUCUUGCCUUUUGACCACUUCCUUGUAUACCUCUUCCUUUUACACAGACCUCACAUUGCGGCAAUAGCCAUCCUAUACCAAUCUCCGCUUGAGUCCUUUGAGUUCUAAUCACCAUGGCCCCUCUGCAGACCGAAAAGGCUGGCGAGCCUCUCUCCACCGGCUCACGCUGGCUGCGUCUCUCCCCACACCUCAAAACUCGUCGUCCUUCUCCGCGAGUCCUCAUGAUCGCAAUCACCAACCCUCCUUACAAUCUUUUAGACGGCAACGUCCUCUCUGAGCUGAAGCGGGUUCUUCUCGCUCUGCGACCCACUGCGACCGGAGCUGUAAUUCUCACCUCGGACGUCCCAGAGAUCUUCCUCUCGCACUACUCCGUUCAAGAGAUCCUCGACUUCUCUUCCUUGGUACCCUUUCCCGUAUCUGCGGGCGUAGUGCGUGGUCUGCUGGCAUGGGAGAGCUGGUCUGCCUACUUUGGCUUCCGUGGGCUCACCCGCCGUACGCCCUUGGCGCCUCUAGCGCACCUGAACCUCUACCAUGAAGUCACCCAUCUACUGCGCUCCAUCCCACAAAUCACAAUUGCCUCACUCAACGGCCGCGCCUUUGGUGGAGGAUGCGAGCUAGCCCUCGCCUGCGACUUUCGUGUCAUGAUCGGCAGUCUUGCCGAGGGAGAAGAGGACAACAUUGCUGCCAUUUCCCGCGGUAUCGGACAGCCGGAGAUUGCACUCGGCUUGAUCCCCGGUGGAGGUGGAACACAAAUGCUCACUCGUCUCCUUGGCCCCGCAAAAGCACUCGAUCUCUGUCUGAGUGGCAGGCUGAUUUCGGCCAAAGAGGCACUCCAGCUGGGACUGCUCAAUCAGGUCGUCAAGGAUCAGAAGGAGCUGAACGAGGUCACGAUUGAAAUGGCAAAGAGUAUGGCCAGGAGGAACCCCACGGCCAUCCAGUGCAUCAAGGACUCUAUUCACGUUGGCGGUAGUCAGAGCUUGGCUGAUGGCAUGCGGCGCGAGCAGGGCAACUUCGGCGAAGCCUGCCUCGGCCCAGAGGCAGGCUACGCCAUGUCUACCUACCUCAAGAACAUCGACAAGUUCCUCGGCACAGGCGAGGAUGCCAAGCCUGAAGAGUAUUACUCGCCGCUCGUAAAUGGAACCUUCAUCGACAUGACGCCCGGUGGAGCUGCGAGGCAGAACAAGCGGAAGAAGACGUGAGUGGGAGUGCAAAUUGGAUGUGGGGAAGUCGUAGAUAGGACAGCGCAAGAACGCACGUUGCCAUUGUUGAGUAGUUUCGCCUACCAUACUGUAGCCGAAUAUGAUACCUCCUGCG